AUAACAAUGAGUUGCUAUACUCGCGCUGACCUUAAGAGUAUUCGCUUCGCAGCCUAUUUUGUCUCCACCAUGCAAUAAAUGGAAAAUUAUCAUUAUCCUAUGCAAAAUAUUUUUGUUCACAACCCUUUCUCAUGUAUCAUACCCCUUCCGCAAGGAAACGAAAGUUCGUUUUUCAGUGUCUCUGUGCCCUUGUCGUCCCAAUCCAAACGGGGGCCACUCCUUCAGGAUCCAUCUCCAACCUCCGAUCUACCAACAAGCAGUAUAUCGAGUUCAUUUACAUAAAGUGUGUUUAUUAGGUCCCUCAAAUGACAUCAUACAAACGUCAUUAUGUGAAGUAAAUUUGGAUGAUGUCCCGAUGGAAAUUGUUACUUCCGAAGAAGACUCUGGAUCAGAAUAUGCUGAUGCUUUCCUCUCCGCAUACACAGAGUCAGAGGAUCCAGUUGUUCAGAAUUGCUCAGCAGAAUUAGAUGAAAUUGAACUCAGAAGUCGUGCACUAAGGAGUAUGCUGCUCCAGAAAAAAACCGAUUCUGGGAAUAGAACUCAACCGAAAGCUGAUCUCACACUGCUCCAUGACUUACCGGAAGUCAGGAAUUCUUUUUCAAAAGUCACGGCAUCUUGUGAUUCAUCAACCCUAAAACAUAAGCAGAAAUUUAUAAUUACGUUACAUGAAUCAUCAGAUAGUGAUGACUCACUUAGUCAACCUGUUGGUGCUGUUUUCAAGGGUUCAGCAGCAAAAAGAUGCGCUCCUAAACCUCCUAUUAACAUGAAUAUUCCUAAUCAAUCAAAGAAAAUCAGUCGUUUUCAUCAAGAAGAAAAAAUGUUGUUACAACGAAAAAUGGAGCUUCUCCGACUGAAACUAACUGUUAAACGUCAACAACACUUGAUAGAUGAACGACGUAAAAUCGUUCGGAAGUUAUCAACCACGUUAUCAGAACUUCGUAGGCGCUGUAAGCAUACAGCUUUGUUGUAUAAAGAAGCUAGUAAGUCUCUUCUCAAGGCCCAACGUACAAAUGCUACAUAUCAGCGAAAACUAGCUUCAGCCCAAAAAUUAUAUUCAGAUGUGCUUAAUUCUGUGAACCGCUCCACUGCGGACAUAAUACAAACAGGUUUUGCCUUAUCAUCUGUAAAUCUACGCAGAGAUCUUAUUAUUUUGUCUCUAGAUAUUCUACAAAGAGCGAAAGUGGUUACGUGGUUUCUUGUUCACUAUCAUUUUAACCCAAAUACGUCGAAGUUUAACAUGAAAAGUGUGAAGCCGGUGGCAACUGUAAAACCAAGUUCUGAAACCUUGCUGGAAUUUGAUCCAUUUCGCCCGAUUUGCCCAUUUUUUCUUGAUGGUGAAUGUCUAGACAAAACAUGUAUAUUUCAGCAUCCUAAAAAUUCAACUGUUAUUAAAGCAAAACCGAAAACUUUUUCCCCUUUACCAAUGGUUAGCACGGAUGCUGUGUCUCUGCUUGGUGAGGAAAAUAAAGGGAAAUAUGAUGACGUGUAUUGUGAAGUGUGCAAAGAAAAUUUGAUCAUAUCUGCAUCAGAUUUCUCUCAGUCACCAGCACUGCAACGUUGGCAUACAGCUUAUCUUACAUAUUUACGUUCAGAACCAAAAAACUCGGCCUUCCUUCAUAAAUUCUUAAGCGACCUCAAAAAUUCCUCAUUCCCUGCAGAUUUAUGUGCCCAUCUAGUAUUCGGACUUUUGUUAUGUUCUAAUAUGGAUCCCAUAACAGUUAAGCAAAAGCUUUUUGACUGCCUAAAAGCCUCCGGUUUUCCAUUGAAUGCCUGUAGAUUAGCAUUGCGACAUUCCAAUUUAAGCAUACCAAUCCGCAGAUCAAUAAUUAAAUUGUCUCUUGAAUAUAUAACUCUUCAAUUCCAGCAAGAUGCACAAGCAAGUCAAGAAUCAAAUUUUGAGUCGUCUUUCGCGUACUUCGUUUAUCAGUGGUGUUUGCUUGAACAAGAAGUUGGUUUACAUAACAAGGUAAUAACCAUCCUAAAACAUACUCUCAAAUCAUUACCCAAGGAGAACAAGCUAAUUUUUUUCUUGUGGUGGUUACGAUUAUAUCACCAUCUAAAUGGUACUUUACCUCAAGAAAACCUAUUUUCUACCGCCAAUUCACCAUGCUUCUCCAAACCAGUCCUCCUAUCUAACCUGGAAAUUAUUGAAAUGGCAGCCACUGAAACUGGUAUUUCUAAAAAUUUAUCUCAGUUACUGAAAUCAUUUGAAACUAUUAAAAAUGAUAUUAGUUUCACUUGCUUUCUGUAUAUCACUCAUUUAUACAUUCAAACUCUUAAUGCAGAUUCCAAAUUUAAAAGUGCAGCAGAUAUAGCACUGACAGUAGCAUUACAUUCCCCUGAGUUUGUAGAUGAUCUAUUUUUCCCAUCUGCAGUAUAUUCUUUAUUUUCCUUAGAUUCAUCUCUUGACUGGACAAGCUUGAUUAGUAAUGUGUCUGACAAAUUACGAAUUAACCUUAGUUUAGCCCAUCGGAUUGAAUUUGGAUUCUUGAUAACAUGUUUAAAUUGGCGUAGAAAAACAUUAAAUUCUACGGAAUUCCAUCUUAUUGAAUGUUUAGGCAACUUAAUCUUUCUUCCAAAAGAUGAUUGCGAAAGUGUUAUUUCAGCUUAUGAAAAUUUGUUGAAUAUAAAGUCCAGUAAUAGCAGUCUUGUUAACUUUAAAUUGUGUUUACGAAGUUCCACAUAUUUAUGGCUCAGUUAUUGUCUGUAUACCACUAUCCAUUGCCUAAAUUACGGUGAAGUUUUAGACCACUUAAUUAGUCACUAUAAGUCAUGCAUCACGAGUUGUGCAAACGAAGAUCCAAAUUAUGUUUUCAUUCGUCUUUUAGCCCUAAUGAGUCUCUUAUUAGCAAGUCAUGUGAAUCAGUUAGAUAGUUCAACUUAUCCUACUGUCAUAAAGUUACUGUUCAUCGAUAACCCUUUCAAGUUGGAUCGUAAGUUACUUCCAGCGUACUUUCUUGAAUUGAUUCAACAAAUUAACUUAGGUCUUCUUCCUCCUGGAAUUCGUCACGAUAUAUGUGUACAACUUGUUGAAAUAUAUGGUGCUUCUCUGGUUCCUUCUUUGUGUCGGACUUUAUGUGCUCUAGGUGACCACUUUUUAGCUCAAAGUCUGUGUGCAGUUGGAUGUUUAGAUAGACCUGAUAAUGAAGACUUCUGGCUUUUAUAUGCUUCGACAACAUUUAAAACUCUUUCACAUAUACGAUCACAUGAACAGUUAUCAACUCUUCUAGAAAUUCUAAUAAAUGCAACUUCUGCGGUGACCUCAAGUUCUCGACUUUGGAAAUAUUAUGCACUUGCUGUUCGCAUUGCCAAAGUAUCGGUGGAGCAAAUAACGAGUCGUGCGAAGUCUGUUGGAAUGUAUGAUCUCAUUUCUAGUAGUCUGAACGAUGACAACCCUACAAAGUUUUUAUCAGAACUUGGACUCCUCUGUGAUGAAAGAUCUAUGGACAGAAAAAGUUAGAAUCGAACCAUAAAAGAGAGUCGCCUACACAAAUCUUAAUGCUGGGAACAUUUCGGUCUGGUAAGUGCUAUCUGUAGAGUUCGAUAGACUAGUAUGAUCACUUUCGGUGACAAAUUGUACAGUAAUUUAUAUAUGUAAAUAAAGUUCCAUUUGCAAACAAUUACUC